AUGGUCACCCUCGACUUUAUAACCAUUAAACAGGCCCUGGCCUCGUCUUCGACCAAUGUUCGAAUCAAUCAGCUACGCUCAAUCGAGGAAAAGCUUACUCAAAAAUCCGUCGACAAUACCUCAACCGCACGUCUUCUUCAGCUCUUCUUCGGUACAUAUGCAUUCUACACUGAUCGACAGUCCCGACUAUCCGUCCAGAAAUGCCUUGUUGCCUUGAUCUCAGCUGGUGUCGACUCCAAGACCAUUGCCCCGCUCAUCGCCGCCGUGCGCAAGGAAAGUCAGAAACAAGGCAUCGCUCCUACCAACGCAUUUGUACUCGUCGAAUGGUGCAGCUUGUUCAUGCAGCAUUUUGACGCCUCAUUGUGGGAUCAAUUUGCUUCCGACAUCAUUUUAACGGACGCUGAUGCUUUGGAUAAAUGCCACCAGUCCUCCGCCAGGAAGUCUGUAGCCCACUCUGCCAUCAUUGUUACAAGAAGGGGUCUGCGAAAGCUUUUCUCAUCGUCAGACUCGAGCGAGAAUAGACUCUCCUCUUCUGUCGAUAUCUUAGCUUCCAAGAGCGCUCAAUCCACCCCCAGGAAUGCUGUCCUACUUGGUGUCAUCGCUGGCGUAUCUGCUAGGAAGGAUCACCUGCGGCCUGUUCUUGAUACUCUCAAACCCAAGUAUUACGAAUUUUUUACAAGGGAGAUAAUUGGCUCCCGUAUCGCCGUUCCGGAGCACGUCGUGCUGGGGCUUGGUGACUUCUUUACUUCUUUCGCAAUCCCUGAAGAACUCUCCAAGGAGCUGAUCCCUGCUCUUGAGAAGGGCCUUUUGCGUGCGCCCGAGGUCAUUCUUGGAGGCGUUGUCACGCCUCUUGUCCGCUCUCUACCCGAGAGUUUCGAUCUUUCAAAGGUUCUCGAGCAGAGUCUCCUUAAACCCUUGUUGUCAAAUGCCAAGUCAACUAAUCCAGCAAUUCGUGCUGGUGCCUUGGAUGCCUUCCGUGCACUAGUGCGCAGAUCGAACGAUACUACCUCGUUGGAGAAGGUCAUCAAUGAGAUCGCAACCACUCUCAAAGGAGGCAAACUCGCAUCUCCCGAUCAUCGCAUAUUGCAUGCACAGAUGCUCGAAGCCACUCCUCUUUCGACGUCAAGUGCCGAACAGGUCGCCAGCGCGGUGGCCACUGUAGCUGCUAAAGAAGGAAACGAGGGCGCUUUGGCUGCAGAGACAUCAGCAUUGGCAAAUGCCAUAACCUUUCUACUGGUUCAAGAUGGCGAAGUGCCCAAGCCUGUGCUGGACUCAGUUACUAAGGGACUUGCUGAGAAGAAGAUCCCCUCUCGCAAGUACUGGCUACUCAGGGUAGGAGUUAUCUUACAAUCCCUUGCUGAAGCACAGUCAGUGUCCCCAGGUAUGGUCACUUUUGUGGAAGCUGUUGUGCCUAAGAUGGUCACAACCCUCACGGAGGUGACAGCCAAUGCUGCCUCUGCUGCUCAAAGUGGUCUUGUCGUUGGUGCCUAUAUUCUGACGGCCCAGAAUCUUGUUUAA